AUGCCCCUGGAGGAGCCUCUGGGUGAGGUUUGGCACGACCCCUGCAAAACAACAGAGGCCAAGAAAUACCAGGUGCUGGACUUCAGGAUCCGCUGCAGUACCAAGCACAGUGAGAAGUGGGGGGAGGGUCGAGGUUUGGUUCAAACUAAUCUGAAGGGACACAAUACAAUUGAAUCCCACAGCCUUUGUUAAUACAGUCCUCAUGCUUUGUUUUAUGAGACCCUGUCUGUUUCCCCCAUGUGACUGUCUUUAGGAUAUACUAUAAAUGACAUGCCAGUGAAGGCCAAGAGGAGCACGUUCAACUAUACCCUGCCAAUCACACUCAACAAAGCAGGUGAGCAACUGGGCAUGGAGUCUGUGUGUAUUUGUGUGUGACUGGGUGUGUGUCUUAGUGAUGAUUGUCUCGCUAAUGUCCCUCUUCGUUGUUCAGUUCAACAGGCUGCUAAUGUUACAGAUUUAGCCCCUGAGGGCCCUGCCGGUGGACGUAAUGCUAAUAUAACCAGGUACCAGCUCAAGGUAUUGGACUAAAGACUUUCCCACAACUUAUUCACACGCUCUACAUGUUAACACUGUACAUAUAAGAAUAAUGAUACAGUAAUAAGACCUCACAUGCUAACUCCCCUGUCUCCUGUUUGUCCAGGAGUCGUCGUACAUAUUUCGAGAGAUGGAACCCUGCCCCCCCCACAGGCAAAUGUUCUACCAGCUCUGUGAUCUGGACGUGCAGAGGUAGAAUCCAACAUGGAAUAUGGGCGAUACCAUUGGCCCAAAUAUAUUUAUUUACAUUUAAGUAAUUUAGCAGACGCUCUUAUCCAGAGCGACUUACAGUUAGUGCAUUCAUCUUAAGAUACCUAAACAUUUGUGAUGUUAAUAAUGGCUGAAGAAAAAUAUAAACGCAACAUGCAACAAUUUCAAUGGUUUUACUGAGUUACAGUUCAUAUACGGAUAUCAGUCAAUUGAAAUAAAUAAAUUAGGCCAUCAUUUAUGGAUUUCACAUGACUGGGCAGGGGCGCAGCCAUGGGUGGGCCUGGCUCCUCAGUGGGUGGGCCUAUGCCCUCCCAGGCCCACCCAUGGCUGCGCCCCUGCCCAGUCAUGUGAAAUCCAUAAAUGAAUCAGAAUGAGUUUUUCCCCACAAAAGGGCUUUAUUACAGACAUAAAUACUACUCAGUUUCAUCAGCUGUCCGGGUGGCUGGUCUCAGACGAUCCCGCAGCUGAAGAAGCCGGAUGUGGAGGUCCUGGGCUGGUGUGGUUACACGUGUUCUGCAGUUGUGAGGUCGGUUGGAGGUACUGCCAAAUUCUCUAAAACAACAUUGGAGGCAGCUUAUGGUAGAGAAAUGAACAUUCAAUUAUCUGGCAACUGCUCCAGUGGAGAUUCCUGUAGUCAGGAUGCCAAUUGCAUUCUCCUUCAAAACUUGAGAUAUCUAUGGCAUUGUGCUGUGUGACAAAACUGCACAUUUUAGAGUGGCCUUUUAUUGUCCCCAGCACAAGGUGCACCUGUGUAAUGAUCACUCUGUUUAAUCAGCUUCUUGAUAUGCCACACCUGUCAGGUGGAUGGAUUAUCUUGGCAAAGGAGAAAUGCUCACUAAGAGGGAUCUAAACACAUUAGUGCCCAAAACUUGAGAGAAAUUAGCUUUUUGUGCUUAUGGAACAUUUCUGGGAUCUUUUAUUCCAGCUCAUGAACAUGGGACCAAGACUUUACAUGUUGCGUUUAUAUUUUUGUUCUGUUUAGCCUCUACAGACUCAUCGUUAUAGUGUCUAAAAGGUGGUGUGGGUAAGGCCAAAAUGUCACAUUUCCCAAUUUUGGUCAAUUACUUCUCAAUAAUCAUUGUGGAUACAGACUUCAAAGAUAUGCCUAACAUCCUUCCCCCAAAUUACCUUUCAAUGGAAAGAUCCAAAACAUCAGAAAUAUCUUUGGGCCAAUCUCAUUUGGAAUUGCCCAUAGAGUAGAAGUGGCAAAGAUCUCUGCAUUUUGUUGUCUGUUUGUGUCUAAUGUUAUGACUCUGCUCCUGGCUCAGCAUAAGAAACGUGAUUCAUCGGAACGAUGGCCAGGAGGAGGGGUGUGACGAGAGGGACGGCUGGUGUCUGUCCCACACCGCUGAUGACCUCCGAGAUAUCAUGUCCUCCAUGAUCAAGCAGGUCAUCCGCGCCAAGAGGCCAGGUAAGACCUCUCUCUGUAACACUGACGCGGCACUCGCCUAUGGCCAACCUGGCCUGGAGUCAAACCACGGAGUGGGUCAGAUACCAGUCCAUGGGGAGUAG